AUGUCGUCCGUCUCACCAUACCUACUACACGUCAACUCCAAACCAACAAAAGUCUCCGACGACCUCUGGACACAAUGGUACACGGAAGAGCACUUGCCAGAUCUCGUCUCAUCCAAGACAUCGACACGAGCGACGUUCUACAAAGAGCUUCCAUCUCUAUUCGGUGGUGAAUCGAAGAAUCCUCGAAAUUUCCUAGCUCUUUACCAGACCGACUUUCAAGAAUGUCUGAAGACGGAAAACUACACGAAUCUGAGAACUACAAGCGAGCUAUUCCCCAAGGAAGGCAACACGAAGUCGAUCGGCGAGAACGGCGAUUUCAACGCGAGGAAUUAUGAGUUGAUCCAGGUAUACGAUUCGAAGGGCGUAGGAAACGACACCCCUCCCCCCCAAAUCCUCGCCGUCGAAAUGCACCCGCCAAACCCCUCCGACUUCGACAAAUGGUACCGCGAAGAGCAUCUCGCCAUGAUGUCCAAAGUCCCCGGUUUCAUCCGUGCGCUGCGAUACAAGCUGGGCCCCAAGGCUCCGCUGACCAAGGACGAGGAUCCCCCGACGUAUUUGGCGAUUUAUGAGGUUGAUGAUGUGAAGGCGUAUUUGGCGCAUGAGGCCGCGGUGGCGGCGGGGGGCACGGAGUGGUCGAAGAGGCAUAUGAAGGAGAGUAGGGCUUUUGUUGCGAGGGGGUGGGUUAGGGUGUGCGCUGAGGGGUUUUGA